AUGCAUUCCUCCAAGCUCUUCUCAGCCAUCCUGGCUGCUGGCGCCGCCAGCGUCGUCUCUGCUGCCUCCAGCGCCUGUUCCAAGGAUAUCAAGGUUACCACGCCUAACCCUGUCAUCUCCUGCGACACCGUUGACGCCAACAUCAUCGUCGAUGAGUCCGUUGCUGGUGACCUGAUCCUCAACGGCCCCAAGACGAUCACUGGUGAUCUCAUCAUCAACAAUGCCACCCAGCUCAUUUCCGUCCAGAGUAUCACAAUUGCCUCCAUUGGCGGCAACUUCGAGCUCAACGGCCUCGAGCUCCUGAGCUCUGUUAACAUGCAGGCGCUCAAGACCUUGAACAAGUUGAACAUGGUCAAGCUUCCCCAGCUUAACACUCUGGUCUUUGGCACUUCUGGUGUCACCAAGGCCAACGACAUCCAGGUUACCGACACCUUCCUCAGUGAUCUUAGCGGUCUCAACAUCAACAGUGUUGAUUCCCUUACCAUCACCAACAACAACAAGCUGACCGCCUUCAACUCCGACCUGGUCAACAUCACCACCCUUCUCAGUGUUACCAGCAACGGAAACAACAUGGAGAUCAACAUGACUAAGCUUCAGUCUGCUGCCGAGAUUCAGCUUUCUAACGUCAAGAGCUUCGUCGUUCCUAGGCUGAAGACCAUCACCCAGUCCCUCAAGUUCGACACCAACCCUUCGCUCACCACUUUCAGCGCCAAGAACGUCACCUCCAUUGGCGACAGUGUCACCUUCAUCAACAACAACAAGCUCACCAACGUCUCAUUCCCCCUGUUGACGUCUGUUGGUGACUUGACUAUCCAGAACAACACUGCCCUCGAUGCCGUUGAGGGUUUCCCCAAGCUGCAGACCGUUGCUGGUGGUGUCAUCCUCCGCGGUAACUUUGACACUGUUGAGCUUCCCGCCCUCAAGGACGUCAAGGGCGGCUGCACUGUCUUCUCUACCACCGACAUUUCUGCUUUCUGCGGUUUCUUCGAUGACGCCAAGAAGAGCAAGAUCAUCCAGGGUCAGGAGUCCUGCAAGAGUAACGUUAAGGCCGCCAAUGAGGGAGGUAGCGACGGUGACUCCAACACUUCCAGCGGCGGCAAGGGCAGCUCCAGCGACAACAGCGGUAACGGCACUGACAACGCUGUCGCUGCCCUCAACGUCAACAACGUCCUUUUGGGCGUCUCCGUCCUUGCUGGUAUGGCCCAGCUGUGGUAA